CUCUCUUUCUCUCUCUCUCUCUCUCUCUCUCUCUCUCUCUCUUCCUCUGCUUUCUCUCUCUUGAUCUCUACAGCCAUCAAUUGCAUUUGUUCAUCUCUUUCUCUCAGAUCUGCUGCGCCGGUGAAGGAAUCUGUAAUUUCGUCAGUUUGGCUGUGCAGGCAAUAACUCUGAAAGGGUUAGCUAAUUUGGCUCCUCCCAAGCCAAGGCUGUAAUGAAGAAGGCUAUUGGUCAAACUGUCCGCGACCUUAAGAGAGAAGUUAAUAAGAAGGUUCUGAAAGUCCCUUCAAUCGAACAGAAGGUUCUUGAUGCAACUAGCAAUGAGCCCUGGGGUCCUCAUGGAUCACUUCUUGCUGAUAUUGCUCAGGCAACGAGGAACUAUCACGAGUAUCAAAUGAUCAUGUCAGUUAUCUGGAAGCGUACAAAUGAUACUGGAAAAAAUUGGCGGCAUGUAUACAAGGCCUUGACUGUUUUGGAGUACUUGGUAGCCCAUGGGUCUGAACGUGUCAUUGAUGACAUCAGGGAACAUGCAUAUCAAAUAUCAACAUUGUCAGAUUUUCAAUAUAUUGAUUCUAGUGGGAAAGACCAGGGAAACAAUGUUAGAAAGAAAUCACAGAGUCUUGUAGUUCUGGUAAAUGACAAGGAAAGAAUACAAGAAGUUCGUCAAAAGGCUGCUUCUAAUAGGGAAAAGUACCGCAACACUCCUGGGGGUGGUAUGUAUCGCCCUGGCUCAAGUCCUGGAGGGUAUGGAGAUAGAUAUGAUGAUGAUCGGUACGAAGGCCGGAAUGGAAACAAAGAUGACGACCGAAAUGGUUACGGAAGGGAGAGAGAUCCGAGAGAUGAUGAUAGGUACGGUCGUUAUGGAGAAUCAUAUGGUCGUGAGGGUGAUAGGAAUAGUAGGGAUGAUGAGGACAGGUAUGGGCGAGAUGGAUACAGGGAUGAUGGUUCUCGAGGAAGAAGUCAAAGCGUUGACAACUAUCAAUAUGGGUCAAGGAGUAGAAGUGCUGACCGGGACAGGGGUCGAGCAAAUGAGGAUGAUGGCCAAUACUCCAACAGAGGAAGUGGUGCCAAAGCUGAUGACCAUUCUCAAGAUGGAAGUUCUACUGGCAAGAGUCUUGAUCGUAAAUAUUCCGGACAAAGCUUCGGUGCACCUCCCACUUAUGAGGAUGCCGUUGGCGCUGCCCGCAGUCCUUCUUACAGUGACAGGGAUGGAGAAUCUUCACAAGCAUAUGCCCCUAAAGCAUCCUCUCCCACAGGUGCUAGUCCAACUCAUACAGCAACUGCUCCUGCUCCACCCCCUGCUCCUGCUUCACCACCUGCUCCUGCAUCCGCUACAGCUUCAGCUGAGUCCACAACUGAACAUAGCAACAAGGAAGUUGAGGGAUUCGAUGAAUUUGAUCCCAGAGGUUCAUUUUCAGCUGUCCCGACUACAACCAAUGUUGCAGCUCCUGUUACAUCUUCUAUGGAAAUGGAUUUUCUUGGAUCCUUGUCGGAGUCUUUUUCUUCAAAUUCAUUGGCUCUCAUGCCUGUUAGCCAGCCUGCCACGACUUCUGAAGGUGUAACUGCGCCACCAGCAUCCAAUAAUCAGCCCUUUGAUGAUCCAUUUGGGGAUGGUCCAUUUCAAGCUGUUCCUUCUACAGAGAGUGUAUCGAUGCAACAACCAAUCACUGCACCCAAUAAUUCCUUUAAUACAAACUCUAGUCAAGGCUUUGAUGUCCCACAACCAGGUUCUCAAAACUCAUCAAGUGAAUUUGGGGGUAAUUUUUACGAUCAAACAUACAUGCCAUCCGGUCCUCCUGCUGCGCAACCUCCUACAAACACACAGUUUGUUCAACCCAAUCACGAUUUCGAUAUAUUAGCAGAUAUUCUCCCACCAUCUGCACCUUCAUCUUACUCUAACGCACAACCUGAUUAUCAAGUUCCGUCAAACCAAUCGCAAACAAGUUACCCUCUUCAAUCAGCAGAACCCGUUUCACAAACUGGCUAUGCGCCCCCAACCAUGGCUUUGACCUACCCAGUUCAAGCUGGUCAACCAUCACAGAUGAAUUUUCAUUCUCAAAAUGGUCCCGCACAGUCAAAUCUGCCAAAUCCCAACUACUAUGGAUCUUACAAUUCACAACCAGUAUCCACUGGCCCCACUGGUGCUUACAUGGCUCCUCCUAGUUCCACCGCGCCCACUACUACACAGCACAAUUUUCUCUCACAGCCAAGUCCAGCUACACAAGUACAACCGGGCAGCUACAAUGCUCCAUCUUCAGUAGCGUCUUCUGCUAUAGUACCUCUACCAUCGAAAGACAAGUUCGAGACAAAGUCCACUGUUUGGGCAGACACACUGAGCCGGGGGCUGGUCAAUUUGAAUAUUUCCGGACCUAAAACAAAUCCAUUGUCUGAUAUUGGAGUUGAUUUCGACUCAAUAAAUCGAAGGGAGAAAAGGAUGGAGAAACCAACAGCAGCUGCAGUAACAUCCACAGUGACCAUGGGCAAAGCCAUGGGUUCUGGUUCGGGUAUCGGUCGUGCUGGUGCAGGUGCUAUCAGAACUCCACCAAAUCCAACGAUGAAUCCCGGCAUGAAUAUGGGAAUGAAUGGCGGCCCUGGUGCUGGAAUGGGAAUGGGAAUGGGAAUGGGAGGUUAUGGUGUAAACCAACAAAUGGGGAGAGGAAUGGGGAUGGGGAUGAAUAUGCCUGGAAACAACAUGGGUAUGGGAAUGCCUGGAAACAACAUGGGUAUGGGUCCGGGUAUGAAUAUGGGUAUGGGUAUGGGCAUGGGUAUGGGUAUGGGUAUGGGACAGGGUAUGAAUAUGGGAAUGGGUCAGGGUAUGAACAUGGGUAUGGGUCCGGGUAUGAAUAUGGGUAUGGGUCCGAGUAUGAACAUGCAACAGCAGACGGGAGUUCCUCCUGGAUCUACUACAGCUCCUGGAGGAGGUUAUAACAAUAUGAUGGGAACCGGGAAUUACGGUCAACAGCCGUAUGGUGGUGGCGGUGGCUAUCGAUGAACAAACGAGUGGGUGUAUUUGAGAUUUCUGAGGUGAGAUUUGAAGGUUAUUUUUAUUAUUAUAGGGAAAAUGACUCGACCGUAUAAAAUAUGAUUUUACUAGAUAUAUAUAUGAUGAAGUUGGGAAGCUAUAAAAGUUUUCUUGUUCGGUUGUAAUUUUUUUUUUUUUCGUUUUGGCUGUGUGUAACAUGUGCGUGUAUUCAUUCUUUGAGGUUUUUUAUUUACUCUUUACCUUUUUAUGGUUU